AUGACGCAGAGAGCCAUAGAGGAGCAGGACGGUGCUUAUGUCGUGGUCGGCAUCCAGGAUAACCCGACAGGAUUGAAGCGUGAGGUGCUGGUACAGUUGUCAAAGGGCGACAAGCCCGUCGAUCUCUUUGAAGGGAUCCGAAAGACGGCCUGGAAACUGCGCCCUCUGCACCACCGACUCCUCUCGCUGAAACAUGUGGGAGGGUUUGGAAUUUACGAAUGCCAUCCCGCAGACGACUACCACACUCCCGUAGAAGUCGACCGGCAGACCGAGGCGGCGCUGGCUGAACUGUACACCGCGUACCGACACGACUGGCACGACAAGGACAACAUGUGGCGAGGCUGGAUCCACCACUACUUCAACGAGGGAGACCGGUUCCCGGACAGGGGUAGAUAUGCGCUCCAGCUGGUCCUGUCGUGGUCGAUUCGGAAGAUCCUCAUCUGGAGCGCAACGCCGCUGGUGCUCAGUCUGGUCAUUGGUUUCUGGUACAUGUACAAGCCGCGAGAUCCGGGGUCUGACCCGGUCGCCAUCACCCAGACAGCGUGGACCAUUUCUUCAUACAUUGUCACGACUGCGGGAGGUGAGUUUAUCCUCAGACCAUCGACGUCUUUCCUCGGGGCUUUGUCUACCUUGUAA